UGCAGAGUACGUUAUCUGUUUUUAUAUAUUUAUAAGUUUAUACUUCCCUCAUUUUUUUUGUCCAUAAAUAAAUGCAUUAAUCGGGGCUGUGAAAGCGCACAUGUCGCUGCUGUUUCAUCAUGAAGUCUAAAGAGAAUAGGGCAUCGGCUUUUGUUACCAGGAAGUGGGUCGCGUUAUUUAUAUUUCAACACUUGCAAGACCGGCGUGAGGGCGCGCGCUGGUAAUACGAAACUUCUAAUAUCAUUCUGUUCUUUACGCGAUUUGCCGGGAUUGAGGAGCUUGGCCUGAAGUGAUGUUUUGCCACUAAGGUUGUAUGUAAUCCACGAUAAAUCAACGGAAAUACGUCGACAAAAGUAAAUUGUUGCACCUGACAAACGCUGAGUCGUUCUGUCACUGUUCCGGUCACAAUUCUUUGCCACUUUUGUUUAUCCUUUUAUAAAGCGCAUAUUGCUGCUUCAAGAAGGACACAAUAUUUACGUGGCACUAUAUUUGUGGCUGACUAGCACGCUGACAGACACAGCAUGAACCGGAGAGACAAGUUAUUCACCUCGAUCGCCCUGUGAUCGCGCCAGGACACGGCUGCACGCCAGGUGGCGUUGUAAUGAAGAUCCAUGAAAAGAUUCUAACCCACUACCUGUCCUGCACUUCACCUGUAGAUAAAGAGGGAUACCUCUACAAAAAGAGAGAGAGGAACACCACUUACCUGUGCCGCUGGUUUGUGUUGAAGGGGAAUCUGCUGUUUUAUCAGGAGCGUCCAGGCGAUCGUAUCCUGCUGGGUGUGAUUGUUCUGGAGGGCUGCCUGGUGCAGGCGUGUGAGACAGAUGGUCAAUUCUGUUUCUCUUUGGUGUUCACUGGACCAGUCCUCCGCACAUAUAGACUAGCCGCUGAUGACCAUCUCAGCCAGGAGAGCUGGAUCGGUGCACUGUUCUGUGCUAGUCACUUCUACCUUUCCAUGAUUGUCAGAGACCUGGAGAGACGCUACGAAGAAGCUAGAAGAGACAAAGGCCUUUGUGAUUCCAUCCAGACCUCUGCAGUGACUUCUACACCCAAUAAGAUAAUGGCUUCCUGGAACACAGGACAACCCUAUUUCCUACAUGGGACUUCCAUAGUGCCUAGAGAUGGGCGGAGCUACAGCACCAGUUCUGUACCACCUCCAUCUAUGCCGAACAGACCCAUCAGCUAUAGUCUUCAUGCCCCUCCUAUUCAAUUCAAGACUACCAAUAAGCGAUCUCCAAAGCUCUGGCCCAAGACAAAUGCCCAUGUCACACCCUUAAAUGGUCCGGCACCAUCUUUUGGGAAGUGGCCUGUUGUGGGCUUUGAUCCUUUGGAAGAGUUUAGUAAAAUGCAUGAGUACUAUGGAAAUGAGAUUAAGCAACUAAGAGCUGAUUGGCUGAGGAAGAAGCGUGAGUAAGUGGGAUACAUUGAGGAAGACCUCAUUGA